CAUCACGUGUGAGUAUUGCUACUGCUCAGCAAAAAGUUUGCAAAAACAUCUUUAGACAAAGAGAAAGAGAUAUCAUAGACUACGUCCCUGGAAAAAUGGAAGACCAGAAAGUUUUAAUUCCUCCAGAGGCACCUCCCGUUUACUCUGUUAAUCCUGCUGUCCGUAUUGUUAGCUCUCAGCCGCUGGCUCAAGAAUAUCAUACAAACCCAGCUGCUACUCAUUACCCCAGUGACAACUUCUUCACGCUCUCUGUCUUCCUUGCAUUCUUCUGGUGCAUAUUUGGAUCAUGCGGCCUUUGUUGUGUCAUACCAGCAAUUGUUUAUGCUGUCCAUGCGAGAGAGGCAGAGAUGCGAGGGGACAUGGUUGCAAUGAGAUCUAAGCGUCAGGCUGCACUUGCUUUGAACAUCAUUGGAUCUAUUGUUGGUCUGAUUACACUGGGCCUCACCAUUGCUUGGUAUGUCAUGUCUUAUCGAUAUGAAGUCCAUCAUGCUGAAGAUGGAACUCCAACACCUACUACAUAUUAGUGUGGCCCUGCUCAGAAGAAAUGCUGCAAACAAAACUUUAUUUGUGCAAAUGAUGUACAGUGAUGUGUUUGUUUAUUGUGUUAGUUGUUUUUAUAAUAAUAAUAAUAAUAAUAAUAAUAUACUUUGUUUAUUGACCUCGCCCCACAAAAAAUUAAUCAUAAAUCAGUUAAAAUUUUGAAAACACUAAAAUAGAGUUUAUACGGUAUUUUAAACGCGCGUGCAAAGAAGAGGAGGACAUAGAGGAGCUCAUUUACACGUUUGGGAGAUUCAUAUUGUACCGCUUUGCAACAUGAGUUACGAUAAGCAGCCGCUGAUGGGAGCACCCCCUCCUUACCAGUAUCAGCCACCUCCACCUCAACGGCCCUAUCAACCACCUCCUGCUCAGCCAUAUCAUGCAGCUCCUCAGACGACUAAUAAUACAGUUAUUGUGACAACUCAGCCAACUAGACCGGCUGUUGUUUAUAAUCGUCAUACAAGCGGAGAUCACUUUUUGACUCUCUCAAUAUUCUUGACCAUUUGCUGCUUCUUCUGGGGAACAUGGUGCGCUCUUGCUUGUACCAUACCAGCCAUUGUCUUUGCAAUCAAUGCUAGGGAUGCAGACGCUCGUGGUGAUCAAGCAGCUGUUGAAAGAAACCGUCGACUUGCCCUUUUCCUCAACAUUGGAGGCAUAGCAACUUAUGCUGUUUCCAUUGUCAUUUUCAUAAUCGUGAUUGCAACGUCUGUUUCACAGAUCAACAACUGUUAUUAUUCCUACUAUUACUACCAGUAUAUUUACUAUUGCUGAGCUUAUGGAGUAUAUCUGUAAGCUCAGUGGGUCUGUAUAUGUACUUAUAAACUUUGAGGAUGAGCUAUAGCUAGUGUGUUUGUUAUUUUAGGUUGUUUGUGUUUUUGUUUACAAGUUAUCUUUAUUGCUGCAAAGUUUAUAAUUGUCUCA